AUGGCGAGCCAGUACGCAGAGUGGUUCGCCCGCAUCUCCCACGAUCGAGACCUCUUUUUCCUUGACCCCACCGAGCUCACGACGUUACGCUCCCACCAGCCUCAAUGGCAUUCCACCCAGAGCAGCAGGGUUUGGGCGAUGCUCCUCUCCAUAGCGGAAGACUAUGGAGAAGCACAUGAUUGCAUUAUCGCUCUGAUCGAAGCAUUGUUUUCUCGCCCGAAGCCGUCACAGCCCAACGAGCAGGACUGGCCGGGCGAGAAAGAGUUUGGCUUUCCGCGGUGUUGGCGCGACAUUCAUGAUUCGUUAUGGUCUCGGGAAUCUGAAAUUGAGUCUUUGUCUGAUUCUGUCGCCACAAAAUGGAUAAACUACCAAGCUUUUACCGCGCGUCUUCUGGCUUCCUCUCUUUUAAGCGCUCAUGAAAGGGCCUUACUACAUACAGUCGAUGCUCUUGAAAACACGCUGGAAUCCACUGAGCUCACAGUGAGACAAGAAAUUGAUAAUCGCUGCUGCUGCACAGUACUGGAUCUAUGA